CUAUAAUCUCAACGAAAUGUCGAUCAGCUGGGGAGCUCAAUAUCCAAAAUUGAAAACUAAUCUUCGAUUGGGGAUUAAUCGAUUGCAACUUCUCGGAAAGAAAAAGACCGAAAUGGCAAUGAAAGCAAGAACUGAAAUUGCUGAUUAUAUCGCAGCCAACAAACCGGAUCGUGCACGUAUUCGUGUUGAGCAUAUUAUCAGAGAAGAUUAUGUUGUGGAAGCUUUUGAAAUUCUUGAAAUGUACUGUGAUCUCUUGCUGGCUCGAUUCGGGCUCAUCGAACAAAUGAAAACUUUGGACGAUGGAAUCGCUGAGGCAGUAAUCAGUAUUAUGUGGGCAGCUCCUCGUCUAGCAACUGAUAUUGCUGAAUUCAAGACAAUCAGUGAUCAAUUAACUAUAAAAUAUGGGAAGCCGUUUGCUGAAGCAGCUCGUGCAAAUCAAUUAGAAUUUCCGGCAAGAGUGAAUCCGAAGAUUAUAUCCAAAUUGGGAGCUGCUGCUCCACCAAAACUGUUAGUUGAACGUUACAUGAUUGAAAUUGCUGCGGCCGCUGGAGUUCCAUUUGUACCUGAUCCAGAUGUCAUGAGAGAAGAUGAGGUUCAUCAAGCAGAACAGAUUCUAAUUGAUUUCAAGAAUGCUGGAGGAAAUGGGCCAUCAGGACCUGAUGGACCACCACCGCCACCAAGUAAUCCAUAUGGAGGAUCCGGAAAUGAUAAUGGAAGUAGCGGUGGUGGCGGCGGAUAUGGAUGGAAUCUUGAAAAUCAAUCAGCAAUCGGAUCUGGAGUUAUGCCUCAUGGAACAGCAAUUGGAGGAGGUGUUCAACCAGUUUCUAACUUCAUUCCACCACCACCAAAUCGUCAUCCAAAUGAGCCACCACAAGAUGACGAGAACAUUUAUGAUCAUAUACCCGACGUGUCCGGAGGAAACAUUUACGAGGUACCAAGUCGAGAUCACUAUGAUUUUCCACCUGAUGCAUUCAACGAGGAGCCACCGAAGACAAAUCCAACUACUGGCGUCAUCAAUUUACCUAAAAUCGGACCAAAUGGAUUACCAAUCUAUCCAGGACAACAGCAACCAAAGGGACCGGGCGGUGCACAAGCAUAUCCAGCUCUUUCUCAACGGAACUCGCUGGUAAAUCCGAAUCUUCAACCAAAUCACCCAACUGCUCCACCACAGUCACUUCGUAAACCUGACGAUUUUUCCGAUCUCUCUUUCCCGGAGCCACCAAGUUCAUUUGUUGGAGGAAACAAUAAGCCAGGAGGUCCAGGAGGAAACAACGGAGGAGGUGCUGGAAAUGGUGGAUUCGACGAUUUUGAUGAUUUGGCUCGCCGUUUCGAAGAACUGAAAAAGAUUAAGUAAUCAUCACCCGACGUUCCAUUCCUUAUUAACUAUUUGUUUCUCUUCCACCCAAUUUUUUUUUCACGUGUCUUUUUUUGUAUCAUAAAUGAGACCCCCAAAAACGCCUGUUUCUUGUGCAUAGCUUAAAACCCCUUUCUCAUUGAUUAUCCAUUGUAUACUCUCAUUAUCCGAAAAACCUUUGCACAUUCAUCAAACUAGGUUUUGAGAAUAAAUUUAAUUGCAC